AUAAUAAAAUAUGUUUCAGUUCGACCGGAUAUGAAUACGAAUGCUUGACGGAAGUCACAAGAUCACGUGAGAGACAAAAUGUCGUAUUGACUUUUCCGCAAUAAUAAACAGCAAGCGAUUUAAUUAAAUUGCAAACCGUUGUCGGAUAUAAGCGCACUCAUUGGUAGAUUGAAUGCUCAAAGAUGGCCGAGUUCUGGUUGAUAUCUGCCCCCGGAGACAAGACUUGUCAACAAACAUUUGACAAGCUCAACAAUGCUACAGCUAAAAACAAUGUCCUGUCUACAAACUACAAAUUCAGUCUCCCAGACCUCAAGGUUGGAACUUUAGACACUUUGGUUGGGCUGUCAGAUGACCUUGGAAAACUUGAUAUAUAUUGUGAGAGCAUAACAAAGAAAGUGGCUGGGUACUUGGGAGAGGUUUUAGAUGAUCAGAGGGACAAGCUUCAGGAAAACCUUAUCGCCAAUGGAGUGGACUUGAACACAUACCUGACUCGUUUUCAAUGGGACCUAGCUAAGUACCCAAUCAAACAAUCUUUGAGAAACAUCACAGAAAUAAUCUCAAAGCAAGUGUCCCAGAUUGAGGCCGACCUAAGGGUGAAGUCCACAGCCUACAACAACUUGAAAGGCAGUCUACAGAACUUGGAGAGGAAGGCUACUGGCAACCUGAUCACUCGUUACCUGGGUGACAUUGUAAAAAAGGAGCACUUUGUACUGGACUCUGAAUACCUCGUUACGCUUCUGGUUGUUGUUCAAAAGUCUUUUCUCCAUGAUUGGAAGGGCAAGUACGAAAGCCUGACUGACAUGAUUGUACCACGCUCCUCAAAUACUAUUUAUGAAGAUGAGGAGAACUGCCUGUGCACUGUCACAAUGUUUAGAAGAGUGGAGGACGAAUUCAGACAGAAAUGUCGUGAAAACAAGUUUGUAGUUCGAGACUUCACAUACAAUGCUGAUGAACUGGAGGCUGGCAAGAAUGAAAUAAAAAAGCUAGAUGCCGAUAAGAAGAAACAGUUUGGUCCACUUGUCAAAUGGCUGAAGGUGAACUUCGGAGAAUGCUUCACUGCUUGGGUCCAUACGAAAGCUCUCCGAGUGUUUGUGGAAAGUGUUCUAAGAUAUGGUCUACCAGUGAAUUUCCAAGCAAUGCUGCUGUUGCCGCAAAAGAAGAAUCAUAGACGACUACGAGAGGAACUGAACAGACUGUAUGAGCACCUUGACAACACUGCCAUGGCAGGCAUGGAUGCUGGUAAUGUUGAAAUCCCCGGACUAAUGGGAAUGGGAGUAGACUACUAUCCAUACGUGUUCUAUAAAAUAGACCUAGAGCUGGUGGACUCAACAGCAAUGCGGCGUUGAAAAACAUGACAUUAGGACUGAAUAUGUAUCUAUUAGGUGUCAAUGCAUUUUCAUGGUGGUACAGUUGUAUACAUUGUGUACUUUUCCACAUUUUUGUAUUGUUAUUCAGAAAUAAAUAAAUAUAACAUCACUUUUGAGAAAUGACAAUAUA